GAGUAUUUAUGAUGGUCAUGGCAUAGAGUACUUGAUUAGAGUUCGCAAAUUUAGAACGAGGAUAGUUGCCAUUCCUGAAACAGAUCUUGGCAGAAAAACACCUUGUCUCUUGGCCAAACCCCUCUUCCUCCUCCCGCGAUGCCCCCGCAGGCGCACGGGAGGCCAACCCUAGCCGCCAGCGGGGCAUCCCUCCUCCCCUCCCUCGCCACCGCCAGGGGGCGCGCCUGGCGAAGCCCGGCCGGCGCCAGCGACAGCGGGGUGCUUCUCUUCCCCUCGCAUGGGUGGCGAGGCGCGGGGCGACUCACCCGGGUUGGGUGCUGCGCUAGGCGCCGGGCGCAGCAGCACGAGGGCGCGCCGGGGCUGGUCGACGGCGGCGGCGCAGCGGUGGUGCGUCGGGCGGCACGGUGGUGGAGGUGCGCCUUGGUCGCCGGGAUUGGCGAGGUCGAGGCCAGUUCUGGGGUCGGGCAGCGCGGGAUGCUGGUCUCCGCCCCUGCCAAGGCCACGGUUCUUCUUGGCGAUGUGGGUGCUGGGAAAUCCAGCCUGGUGCUUCGGUUCGUAAAAGGACAAUUUGUUGAGUUCCAGGAAUCGACAAUUGGAGCGGCUUUCUUCUCUCAAACAUUGGCCGUUAAUGACGAGACUGUUAAGUUUGAAAUCUGGGAUACAGCUGGGCAGGAGAGGUAUCACAGCUUGGCCCCCAUGUACUAUAGGGGUGCUGCCGCAGCCAUAGUUGUCUAUGACAUCUCGAACCAGGCAUCCUUCACCCGAGCAAAGAAAUGGGUUCAAGAACUUCAAGCUCAAGGAAACCAGAAUACAGUAGUGGCUCUUGCUGGCAACAAAGCUGAUUUGCUCGAGGCGAGGGAGGUUCAAAUAGAGGAAGCCAAGACAUAUGCGCAGGAGAAUGGCCUCUUCUUCAUGGAAACGUCUGCUAAAACUGCAACCAAUGUGAAUGACAUAUUUUAUGAGAUUGCGAAGAGAUUGCUUCAGGGGCAGGCGGCGCAGAACCCACAGACGGCGGGGAUGGUUCUCUCCCAGAGACCCAAUGAGAGAGUGGUCAGCGCGGCUUCGUGCUGCUCCUCCUGAAGCAUCAUAAAUUUGGUCACAUUCGUCGUCUGUGAGAAAUUUUGGGAGAGGAAUCUCGACAAACUAUCGUGAAAGCGCCUCUUGAUCCUGUGCCUUAUCUGAUAUACUCUAUGCGCUACCGUGUCCGCCUGUCUUUUCUUUUUCGUUCAUGCGUUUGUCAUGUAAAUACCCAUACUUGAAUGCCGCUGCAGAUAUCUUAAGUGAGAGUUACCUCCAAA